AUGUUAGCCAUCGCAACACUUGGGCAGAAACAUGCAUUCGAUAAAAUUGUUACAGCUGUGUAUUAUGAUAAAGGGGAUUUUUUUUUCUUUGUGUAUGGUCAUGGAGGUACUAGAAAAACAUUUCUCUGGAACUUUAUUUUUGCUGAGAUUCGCUCAAGGGGUGAUAUUGUGUUAAACGUUGCUUCAAGUGGUAUUGCAUCUUUACUUCUUCCCAAUGGAAGAAUGGCACACUCAUGGUUCAAAAUACUGCUAAAUAUAACUGAGGAUUUUGUAUGUAACAUCAAACCUGGUUCCCCUCAAGCAAUGCUGCUGUUGAAAGCCAAACUUAUAAUUUGGGAUGAGGCUCCAAUGGUUAGUAGGUACUGCUAUGAAGCACUUGAUAAAUGCUUGGGUAAUAUCAUGAGGUUUUCUCCAACAUAUAACAAAGAUUUGCCCUUUGGAGAAAAAGUGGUUGUACUAGGUAGAGACUUUAGACAAAUUCUUUCUAUCAUUCUACGAGAAUCGAGACAAGAUAUCAUUCAUUCAACCAUGAAUUCGUCUUACCUUUGGAAGUUUUUUCAGGUGCUCAAACUAACAAAAAACAUGAGACUCUCUGUAGGAACAACUUCUUCAGAUCAAGAUGAGACAGAGCAAUUUGGUGAGUGGUUAUUAAAAGUUGGUGAUGGUCUAAUAGGUGACAAUAUAGAUGAAAACAUGUCUUCAAAGAAUAUUUUCAAAGCAGGAACUAUACUGGCUCCCACAUUGGACAUCAUUAAAGAGGUCAACAACCAUCUGAUGGCUAUCAUUCCUAGAGGGAAAAAAUUAUAUCUUAGUUCGGAUUCAAUUUGUAUGGAUGAAGGGAAUAUAGAGAGUCAACUAGAUCUCUAUGGUCCUGAAUUACUAGAUAGCAUAAAUUGCUCUGGUUUACCUCCACAUAAAUUAAUACUCAAGGUUGGUGUUCCAGUGAUGUUACUGAGGAAUAUUGACCAAUUCAGUGAUCUUUGUAAUGGUACAAGGCUACAAGUUAGGAAGCUUGAAAAUUAUGUCAUAGAAUGUGAAGUCUUAACAAGUAACAACGUUGGUCAUAUUGCUUUGAUUCCAAGAAUGAAUAUGGUACCAAUAAAUGAAAUCGUCCUAGUUAGAUUUCAACGAAGAUAG